AUGGCCUCACCACACCACGUCCUCAUCCUCGGCGGCCACGGCAAAAUCGCCCAGCUCCUCACCCCCCUCCUCCUCAAGCGCUCCUGGGCCGUCACCAGCAUCAUCCGCAAGGAGGAGCAGGUCCCUACCGUCGAGAGGCUCGGCGCCGGCCUGCCCGGCCGCCUCAGCGUCCUCGUCCGCAGCAUCGAAGACGUCGACAGCCAGGACAAGGCCGCCCGCAUUCUCGACGAGGUCAACCCAGACUACGUCGCCUGGAGCGCAGGUGCCGGCGGCAAAUACGGAACCGAAGGAACAUUCCGCAUCGACCGCGAUGCCGCAAUCCACUUCAUCAACGCAGCCGCUUCCAGGCCCUCCAUCACCCGCUUCCUCCUCGUCUCCUAUAGUGGCUCCCGCCGCAAGGCAGCCCCCUGGUGGUCCGCCGCCGAGUGGGAAGACUACCACAAGUCCAUCAACCUCGGCGCGCUGGCCACCUACUACCAAGCCAAGCUGGCCGCCGACGAGGUCCUCUACGCCGUCGCCAAGCAGAGCCAAACGCUCGUGGGCAUCGAUCUUAGGCCUGGUACGUUGACGGACGAGCCAAAGGGGAAAGUGACGCUGGGCAAGACCAAGAACGUCAGGGGAAGCGUCCCCAGGGACACGGUAGCGCACGUUGCGGAUGCGCUUCUUGCCGCUGACGGAGUCAAGAGUGGAUGGCUAGACUUGCUACAGGGAGACGAUGACAUCGACGAAGCCGUUUCUGCUGUGAUUCGUGAGGGUGUCGAUGCCGCCGAGGGCGAAGACAUUUAUGCCAAAUACGCAUAG